AUGGUCAAAGCAGUUAUACUUGGUGCAUCAGGUGGAAUCGGACAGCCUCUUUCGCUUCUUCUCAAACUAAAUGAAACCGUUACAGAAUUAGCUCUUUAUGAUAUUGUUAAUACUCCCGGAGUGGCUGCAGACUUGAGCCAUGUCAAUACCCCUGCCAAGGUCACUGGUUAUUUACCUCCAGAAGGUUUAAAACAUGCUCUGACGGGUGCUCACUUGAUUAUCAUCCCGGCUGGUGUCCCUCGUAAGCCUGAAAUGACGAGAGACGACUUAUUUAAGAUAAACGCAGGAAUUGUUCGUGACCUAGCCGAAGGCAUCGCUCAACAUGCUCCUAAUGCUUUUGUUCUUGUUAUUUCAAAUCCCGUAAAUUCCACCGUUCCAAUUGUCGCUGAAGUUUUAAAAAAACACAGAGUCUUUGACCCAAGGAGAAUCUUUGGUGUAACAACUCUCGAUGUAGUCCGUGCAUCUACGUUCUCUAGUGAAAUCACUGGUUCUGAUGUUCGUGAAACUCGGGUGCCAGUCGUUGGUGGACAUAGCGGCGUAACUAUUAUUCCCCUUUUAUCUCAAAUUAAACCGUCUCACCAUUUUACCCAGGAGCAGGUUGAAGCAUUGACACAUCGCAUUCAAUAUGGUGGUGACGAAGUCGUCAAGGCAAAAGCAAGUCUUGGAUCUGCUACUCUUUCAAUGGCUCAUGCCGGUGCCCGAUUCGCCUCUCAUAUAUUGGAUGCUACUGUUAAAGGGAUUGCUGGAAUUGUUGAACCUUCUUAUGUUCAUCUUGAUGCUGACGCAGGAGGUGCACACAUCAAAAAUGCUAUUGGUGGCUUAGAAUUCUUUUCUUCUAAUGUCGAGCUGGGACCCAACGGGGUAUGCAAAAUUCAUCCGCUUGGAGAACUCUCUGAGUAUGAGAAAAAGUUGUUGGAGGCCGCCAUUCCAGAACUUAAGGCAAACAUUAAUAAAGGAGUCUCGUUCAUUUCUCCCAAGUU